AUGGCCAUUGCAAAGAAGGCCCAAAAGCACCUGCGCUUUUUGACGCUGCUGAAAAAGAAUGAUCUGGGUCAAUCUACUCAUAUAUUUGAUGAGGAAGAACAUUCAAUACCAUACAUGGUUGGUAUCAUCAAACACAAACAUUUAUUAUGUGCAGGAACAUUCAUCAAACAUAAUUGGGUGUUAACAGCAGCCCAUUGCUUUCCGGAUGAAGAAACAUAUAUAGGUGUUGGAAGUCAAGCCAUAAUUAAAGAUGAAGGAAAAGGUUUUAUAAACAUUACUAAAGUCUUUUUUUACCCAGGAUUUAAUCCAAAAACAUUUGAAAAUAAUAUUAUGCUUCUGAAGCUCCAUAUUAUGGCAACAAAGCUUAAAAUAAACGUCCUCCCACUUCCUAACUCUACCCAUGAUCUCAAACCAGGAACUAUGUGCACAGUAAAAGGAUGGGGAACUACUAGUAAAAGAAGGAGAUUUAAGAAAUUCCGUGCAAUUAACGUUACCAUCAUUGACAGAAAUAUCUGCAAUGACAAGAAACAUUAUAAUUCUCAUCCUUUUGUGACAAUGAAGAUGGUGUGUGCUGGAGACAAGAACAGCCGGAAGGAUUUAUGUGUGGGUGAUAGCGGUGGGCCUUUGAUAUGCAGUGGAAAGCAAAGAGGCAUUGUCUCCUUUGUUAAAAGAUGUGACCAACCCGAAAAUCCUGGCAUCUAUACUCAGCUCACAGACACCUAUAUCUCCUGGAUAAAGACCAUGAUAGAUGAAAAUUCACAUUGA